AUGGAUCAUGACUUGAAGACUUCGUUUUGGUGGCCGGGUAUGAAACGUGAUAUUACGGAGUAUGUAGCUCGGUGCCUAACAUGUCAGAAGGUGAAGUAUGAACAUCAGAAACCUUCGGGACUUCUUCAACCUCUAGAGAUUCCCGAAUGGAAAUGGGAUAGUAUUGCCAUGGACUUUGUAGUCAGACUUCCCAGGACGCAAGAAGGAUUUGAUGCCAUCUGGUUGAGAAGAUAUCUCUCUGAUCCAUCCUAUGUAUUACAGCCAGAAGAAAUGGACUUGGAGAAAAAUCUGACGUAUCUUGUUCAACCAUUCCAAAUUCUCGAGAGGUCAGUUAAACGAGUCCAUUCCAAGGAGAUACCGUUGGUGAAAGUUCUUUGGAACAACAAAUCGGCAUAUGAAGCCACUUGGGAGCGUGAAGAUGACAUUCGGAAUCGGGACCCGGAACUUUUUAAUUAA